AAUGAUUACACCCCUGGCUCCUUGAUCCAACGCUGGACGGGAAUUUUCAUUGCUUCAUUUUUGUUGUUGGAUCACUUGUCGCAUAGGAAGUGUUACUUUCCACAGUGAAACGUAUGUAGCCAAUACAAUUGUAUCACUUUCCACUGGAACUACGUUGCAGCAGAUACAAAGUAAACUUCUUUCUAUUGAUUUUUACCACCGCUCGCGUUGGGUUCGAGUUGAUCGAGAAUGGGGGGUGGUUUUGUACACAGGCUUUUGAUCGUUCCAAGAAAUCAACAGUAGAAACAAGUUUGACACGACCAAGUGCCAUCCUGACCUUUAACCUCCAGAUAACACAUGGAUGACCUGGAUGCUGUCAGAGGACUGUCUCCCCGGCCUGCUCCUCCUCCUGAGGACUCGGUGUCCCUCUCCACGUCCUCCACAGACACCAUCAACUUGGAAGAUGGCCACUACUCUGCCCUGCGAGCGGAGCUGGAGGCUGAUGCUCGGGACUUGGAGGGAGAGUCCUGGAGUGUUGCUGUGGACCAGCAGCACAUAAACAGCCUCCACCAAGACGCUGUAAAGAGGCAAGAUGUCAUCUACGAGUUGAUUCAGACUGAGGUGCAUCAUGUGCGGACCCUGAAGCUGCUGCUGAGUGUUUACCAGUAUGAGCUGAGACACAGCCUACAUAUGGAGGAUACUAGACUUGAGAGGAUGUUCCCUCAGAUCGACAGCCUGCUGCACAUCCACCAACACUUCCUGUGGUGUCUCAGGGACGGCCGGGACAGACACAACCACCACACUGUCACACAGCUGGGAGAUAUACUCAUCAACCAGUUUUCAGGUGAGAUGGGGGAGAGGAUGAAGGAGUGUUACGGCGUGUUUUGUAGUCACCACACUGACGCUGUCAGUUUCUACAAGGAACAGCUACAGAACAACAAAAAGUUCCAGAACUUGAUUAUGAAAAUCGGUCGGUUGUCCAUCGUUCGGAGGUUAGGAGUACCAGAAUGCAUCCUGUUGGUGACUCAGCGGAUCACAAAGUACCCCGUCCUGGUGGAACGCAUUCUACUGAACACUGAAGCUGACAGUGAGGAGCACGGUGCCCUGGUCCAGGCCCUGGUUCUGAUCAAAGAGACCAUCUCUGCUGUGGACUCCCAGGUCCAUGACUAUGAGAGGGCCUCCAGGCUGAGAGACAUAGGCGGCAGGCUGGAGCCACGUUCCCAUGGUCGGUGGAAGGACGGCAGGGUGUUCACGAGAGAGGAUCUGGCUGAGGGCCUCAGAACCCUGCUCCACGAGGGGACGGUCAACUGUCGGGUGGCAAACGGACGGCUCAAAGACAUCCACGCUGUUCUGUUGUCAGAUGUCCUGCUGCUGUUACAAAAGGAAAAGGAUCAGAAACUCAUAUUUGCUAAUGUGGACAACAAGACGUCGGUGAUCUCCCUCCAGAUGCUGAUCGUCAGGGAGAUGGCCCAUGAGGACAAGGCUAUGUUCCUGAUCAGUGCUUCGUCCAGCAUGCCAGAGAUGUACGAGAUACACACCUCCUCCAGAGAGGACUGCAAUGCCUGGAUGAGCCUUAUACGAGACGCUGUCAACAGUUGUCCAGUAAUGGAGGAGCAGCUGAGCAAUGAGCAGGAGGAGGCCAGGCUAGCCAGGCUCAGAGACUUCCAAGAGCGUCUGUAUGUGAAGGAUUCCCAGAUCAUGCAGAGCCUGACAGAGAAGCUGCAGAUGUUUGCUGACAUGGUGGAGGCUGUAACAGGGAUGGAGGAUGUAGCUGCCCACUCCUGUCUGCUGCUCCGCGGUGAUGACUCAGACCUCCAGCAGGGGGAGACACUGCUCAAGGGAGCCAUCACUGAGGUGGAGAAUCUGCAGAACCUUCUCCUGUCUGGUGUGACUGUGCGAGAUCCCCAUCCAGAGGACAGCCUGGGACCAGGGAGGUUCAGUUUGAGGCCAGAAGUGGUACGGCUUUAUCUAGGAGGGCUAGGCCUUGGGCGGCUGGGGAACCUGUCGGUGCAUAGGAGAGCUGAGACCUUUGGAGGUUACGACUGCAACCCUCCCACCCCCAUCAAGAAUGUGGAGGGACGACCUCAACGUUCAAACUCUGACCCCCAGCUACAGGACCUUGACCAAUCAGAGAGCCUGGAACUGUCGUUCUUUUACGCCGUGCUGACGCUCUCACAUAGGCUCUACGGUCUGCAGGCCAUCGUCUCCCAGCAGGACAGCCACAUUGAGCUCCAGCGUGCCUCUCAUUUGGUGCGUGAGCGUCCGGGUCGCAACCGAGGCAACAUGCUCCUGGAGCAGGAGAAACAACGUAACCUGGAGAAACAGAGAGAAGAAGUGGCCAACUUCCACAAGCUGCAGACACAGCACCGUCAAAACCAGGCUCGCUGGGAGAAGGAGCGGAAGCGUCACCGGCUGCAGGCGGAGGUCCUAGAGGCGGAGCUAAGACAGAGAGAGGAGGAGUGUAGGAGACUGGAGAAGAAACUAGAGAUGGAGAGAGAGGAGCUGGAGAGACAGAGAGAGACAUACCAACAGGAUCUGGAGAGGCUGAGGGAGUCAAUGAGGACGGUGGAAAAACAGAAGGAACACCUCAAUACACAGAUGAAGUUGAAGCAGAACAAGACCGUCACCAACCCUGGGAGUUUUAACUUCAAAGCUCAGCAGGCUCCCCUCUCCCAGUCCCUCCGAGGGGAUCCUUCCCUCCUCUCCCAGUCCCUCCGAGUGGAUCCUUCCCUUUCCCAGUCCUUCCGAGUGGAUCCUUCCCUCUCCCAGUCCUUCCGAGUGGAUCCUUCCCUCUCCCAGUCCUUCCGAGUGGAUCCUUCCCUCUCCCAGUCCUUCCGAGUGGAUCCUUCCCUCUCCCAGUCCUUCCGAGUGGAUCCUUCCCUCUCCCAGUCCUUCCGAGUGGAUCCUUCCCUCUCCCAGUCCUUCCGAGUGGAUCCUUCCCUCUCCCAGUCCUUCCGAGGGGAUCCUCCCUUCCUCUCCCAGUCCUUCCGAGGGGACCUGACAGCUGAUUGGAUGAAGGGAAGAGAUGUGAUCCAGAUCCCCAAGGUCCUUGUCCCCCCCAGCCUCUCUGUAGCCACCAACAUGUUCCUGGAGCAGCCCCCGGAGGUGCCCCCUCGCAGGGAGAGCAUCAGCCCCGGGCCCCCUAAACCGGAGUUCCCCAUCCACCUGAUCAGCACAACCAACCAGGUGGUUCACAAACCAGGGGCCGUGCAACAGCAGAUACCCACCAAGCUGGCUGUCCUUGGUAACAAGGGAAAGGAGAAGAGCAGUAAGAAGAGAUCCCACCACAAGCGCAAUCACAGCGCAGCGUCCAUAGAAAUGUCUCAGUUGGUGCCGAUCAGAGUGACAGGAAAUCAGAGUCUGAGAGGGAAGAAGACUGUGAGCCCACAGAGAAACUACCAAUCAGAUGAUUUCUUCAGUCCUCCAGAGCCCCUGUCCAGCGCUAAGCCCUCCCAGAACCUGUCGUCCAGCAGCAGCAUGAGGACCAAUAACCAGAGCCACGUCCCUCCACCCAAACCUCCACCUCCCCCUCCACCCUUCCCCAAAGACAUAGCAAGCAAACCAACCAAGGAACACGUUAUCUACCUGUAAGGACACCAAAACCCUAUAAGCCAGGGCUCUGAAACUGGCGGCCCAUGUGCUAAAACCGGCCCACGAGUGAUUUAUAUUUGGCCCGCCAAAGCUCUGUCCACAGUAAAGAUGUGAUUAUAUAUUUUUUUUACUGAUUGGGCUUUCUAAUUGCUGGUACUUAUUGAGUUCCUGUUGAAUUUCCACAUUUCCAAAAUUCAUUUCUAUUGUUUGCAUGAGUGCUUGUCUCUAAACUCUCUCUGCACUCAAGUCUUUAUGUUUUUAAGCCUUUUUAAAGAUGAUUUAAAGUCAUGUUAGGAAGCUGGUUAUUACUUUGAAUUGUUUACAGGUCUGAGGUGCCAAGCACGUUACCUCAGAGCGCAUUAGAAACUCUUUUAAAUCUGAAUUGACCUGUUCCUCGUUUUGUAUUUCUUCAUGUCAUAGAAUAUAUGGAAGUAAAUGUU